AUGUCCUACGAGCCCAUCUUUCGACUUCCUUCGAGCUCCAUAGUCGACGCACUGGCAUUUUCGCCAAGACUCGACUGGCUUGCGUCUGGGGACCAGAAAGGCUUUGUCAAAAUCUACGAAACAGUUACGGGCAUGGAACGACAUGUAUUCGAAUUCGACGAUCCUGUCACCAGCCUUACCUGGCAUCCGAAGGAGAACACUAUCUUUGUUGGAUUGGGAUCAGGGGUAGUUGCUUUCAUACAUGACUUCAAAAAUCUCGGGCGUCAAGUUGCAUCUGGAGUGAAGGGUGCAGAGGUCUACACCAUAUCUUUCAGCUCGUCGGGUCGUAAACUCGGUAUGGGUAUAGGGCAGGAGGUCCACAUUGCGACCCCGACAACAGACCGGGGGUACGCUACUACAACCAUAUUUCCCCAGCCAUUGGAGGACAGCAAAACAGGCGACGCACGCAUUCGAUCUCGAGGAAUUCACUUCAUUGAAAGCGAGAAACAAAUGAUCGUUUCGUAUCUAAAUCACGGGGUCAUAUGUUGGGACAUCUAUACUCGUUCGCCGAUUUGGACAAUCGCGCACUCACACGUCCCAGGAUUCAUCGGUCAUUCACACGUCUCUUCGGAUGAGCGAUUCAUCUGUAUCAAUAACUUGGCGACCGGGUUUGACGUUUACAAUAUCAAGUCCCGGACACUGGUUCGCUCCCUUCAGGUGCCCUCGCAUCGUGAGCGUAAUGUCCCUUUGGUCUCGUGUUUUCUCAGGGAUAGGAAUGUCGUUAUAACGGCAUCUCAUGACGGGGAGGCGAGGGUCUGGCAUGUAGGCAGUGGUAUGCUCAUGCAAAAGCUGCCAACAGCGUCGUCAUCCUCCAUCCGAUUUAUAUGCGCUGGUAACUUUCGUUCUCGAGGCUUCAUCGCUAUUGCGCCGUCCUCCAAAGAUUCCGGUGUCUCUGUCUGGAAGGAGCUCUCUGCUCCACGGGGCGCCCUAAGCGACAUUGCAUCUACGGAAGUUAUCGUCGGCCUCUGUGUUGUACUUCUGUUGGCUAUCGUUUGCAUUCUCGUUUGGCACCCAGCACUUAUUCCAGAGGACUGGAAGUCGCUCGCCGAAGUAUUGUUCAGGUGGAAGAAAACAGCAUACUCCAUGGGGCUCGAGUCGGUUCGCCGCGGACGGAAACUUGGAGCGUGGAUUGCACAGGUUUUGGGCAUCGCCAAACGUAAUAAAAGGCGAUUUAUCCGUCUACCAGAGCUUUGA